AUGGCGGGGGAGGCGCCAGACGAGGGCCGAUCCCCCGGCGCGUGGGUGUGUGAUGCGCCGGGAUGCGGUAAGCGCUAUAGGAAAGAGGCGCGUCUUGUCGAGCACCAGCGCUCGCAUACGGGCGAGCGCCCAUUUCAGUGCACCGAGUGUGGCGCGUCGUACAUGCGUGCGACGCACCUCGCGGCGCACGCGCGCUCCCAUAUGGACGCUUCCGAGAAGCCCUUUGCAUGCACGCAGGAGGGAUGCGGCAAGGCAUUCUGGACGGCGCAGCAUCUGCAUCGUCAUACCGUCGCGUGCCACGCGGGCGCAGAGGCCGUGCAGGGCGUGACGACCGGCGACCUCGCGACGCUCGGCGAGACGUCCGUCUCGGGCUUGUACAGGUGUGCAGAAGAGGGGUGCGGCCGGUUCUUUUCCAAGCGCAAAUUCCUGCGCAUGCAUAUGCGCCAAGUGCACGCCGACCAGGGCGAAGAGCAUGCAGCGCACCCAUUCGCGUGCUCGCACGAAGGCUGCGACAAGCGGUUUGCAACGAAUGCCAAGCGCACACAGCACAUGCGCGUGCACGAUACAAGCCGCUACAUGUGCGUCCUGCCACACGAGGAAACGCCGACCUUUUCGACGUGGACCGAGCUGCAGCGGCACAUCCGCGAUUGCCAUCCGCCACAGUGUCCACGGCCGGAGUGCGAAGGGCGGACGUUUGCGAACCGCGAGAAUCUCCGCAAGCACAUGCGUCUGCACGAGUCGAGGGAUGCAAGGAAGGAGGGGGAGGAAGACGAAAGAGACGAAGAGCGCGAUGACGAGGAGGAGGAGGAGGAGGAGGAGGAGGAGGAGGAGGAGGAGAACGACGACGACGACGACGACGACGAAAAAGAGACCAGCGCAUUGGCGUGUUCCUGGAACGGAUGCCACCGCACCUUUAGCAGCACGUAUGCGCUGCAGACACACCUCGCCAAGGUCCACCUCCGUGAAAAGCCACAUAUAUGCGACGUAUGUGGCCAGGCCUACGGCUACAAGCACCUGCUGCGGCAGCACAUGCGGCGUGCGCACGAGCAGGAGCUACCUGUGAACGAUACCCCCCUGCCCUUCCUGGGCCCCCUGCUCGAUACCGAUGCGCGUCGACGCGCGGUGCGCGGCAAAGUGCUGCUGUGCCCAUGGGCGCGGCUUGCGCCCGAGGCGGAGCCGUGCCCCCGCCGGUUUGCGCGCCUGUACGACGUGCGUCGGCAUAUGCAGAGUGCACAUGCACUGUCGGUCGACGACGAGGAGCUCAAGCACCUCUUUGCCGACGCGAUGGACGAGCUGCCUGCGCCGCGCAAGCGCGCGAGACUGUAUAGAUAA